CACAGCCCACAGACCAUAGAGCGUGUGGUAUUUAGAAACUGGAAGUGGAAAUGGAUUAUUAGGCAACGGACGGGUUUACACCCCGAGGUCAUGUCGUUUGGUGGAGGAGAGCCAGGAGGCAGGAAGAGGAGGACACCAACCGUUUACUUUUUGUUAAUCAACGGGAUCCACAGUUGAACUCGGCCAGUGUGAAAAAUAAGUCCUCUUCAGCCAAGGCGAACAGCGUCUGCUCGGUCAAACUGGUGCGACUCAACGCAGCCGCGAACAGAAGGUAAGAAUCAAUAAUGUUUUGAACGAAAUAAAAAGCAGUUAAUCGUUAAACCAUGGAUCUGGAGUACGAGAUUGCCCAGGAGAUGAAGGAGGAGGACUGGAGAGACCUGGAGCAGCCGACGCCGGUUAAGGUGCUGCUGACCGUCCUCUACAGCCUCAUCUUGCUGACGGGGAUCGUGGGGAACGGGGUGACCAUCAGGGUCACGCAGGUCCUCCAGAACAAGGGCUACCUGCAGAAGAACGUGACGGACCACAUGGUGAGCCUGGCGUGCUCGGACCUGCUCGUGCUGCUGAUCGGGCUCCCCGUGGAGCUCUACAGCGCCAUCUGGUUCCCCUUCUCGUCCUCGUCCGGCAACGUGGCCUGCAAGGUGUACAACUUCCUCUUCGAGGCGUGCAGCUACGCCACCAUCCUGAACGUGGCCACGCUCAGCUUCGAGCGCUACGUCGCCAUCUGCCACCCCUUCAGGUACAAGUCCCUGUCGGGCUCCCGCACGGUCAAGCUCAUCGUCUUCGUGUGGAUAACCUCGGCCGCGGUCGCCCUACCCCUGCUGUUCGCCACCGGGACCGAGGGGCUAAGGGUCGAGCCUCAGAACAUCACCUUCUGCACCAACCUCACCAGCUGGUGGGUGAUGUACCGGUCCAGCAUCUUCGGGGCGUUCGUCGUGUACGUCCUGGUCCUGGUCAGCGUCGGGAUAAUGUGCAAGAAGAUGAUCGGUGUGUUGAGAGGACCGAAGGAACACUCGGCCAAGAAAGAGGAGUUCCUAUCCAGGCACCAGAGUUCAAAGGUUAAAGCAUCCCGAAAGCAGACCAUCCUGUUUCUUGGCCUAAUCGUGGGCACUCUCGCCGUGUGCUGGAUCCCCAACCAGAUCCGUCGGCUGAUGACGGCGGCCCUGCCGAAGGCCAGCUGGACCAUGGCCUACUUCCAGGCCUACGUGUACCUCCACCCGGUCGCCGACACCUUCUUCUACGUCAGCUCGGUGCUCAACCCCUUCCUCUACAACCUCUCGUCCCGCCAGUUCCGCCAGGUCUUCCUGCAGGUCCUGCGGUGCCGCCUGACCAUCGAGCACGUCAACAAGCGCACCCUGGCGGGCGUGGCCUCCUCCGCCGCCGCCGGCUCCACCCACUCGAGGCGCCCCCUGGUGCUCAAGUCUCUGCGACGCGGGCGGUCCACCCGCGCGGAGGACAAACCCAUCACCCUGGUCACGUUCCAAAGCCCUGGGCCCGCCCCCUCGUGCCCCCCGAACUCCGAUGACUCGUCGCUGCAGAGCACCACUCUACCGAGCACCACAGUGUCAGAAAGCUUGACGCUCGAACCCGAACACGCCGUCGGUUCCUCCAAUGAGAAGGAGUAGUUUGGCCGCACUGACUACAGUAUGAAACCCACACUGUACACAUAUAUGCCCCUCAUGUUCAUAUGCAUUGGUAUAUAGUCAUCAUUUUUCUCAUGCCGUCUCUAUGGUUUUAUUGGCGUCUUAACAGAAGUGACAUUUAGCAAUAAAUACAUAAAUAAAAAUUUUAAUAAUUCUUUGAAUCACAAAUAGAUUAGAACGACACAUUUCACCAAGCAGAGGAGUCCUUACAGGAAGUGAUGCUGCUGCCCCUUUCAUUACAUUGCGUGUGUACAAUGUUACUCAAAAAGCGGGGUCUCCAAAGUUCCUUUGUAAUUCAACCAUCGUAAAGCGAUCACUCGUUCUUCACAUAUUAACACACCACGGCUAGGGUAGCCAUAGUAAGAAAUAAUGGUUUUAUUUCUUACUAGAAAUAAUGGUGGAGCAUCUAAACUGGGGCUGGACAGACAAGGCCUGCUUGUUGCAGACGCACGCUGAAGAGGCCAAAAGACAGUGACCACAGUUCAGCGUCCUAGUUCUGAGAAAAUAGGACCUGGGGAGAUGUUCGAUUGCUCAUAACAAGCAUAUAAAAAUUCACACCAAGUGGCCCUAAGGCCAGUGUAUUUAACUGUAAAGCCUGUUUGCUGCUGUAUUUCAAGCUUUUGCUUCUACUGCAGUCUGUAGUCUACUAGCUGAUCUGCGUUCUUCAUCCUCUCAAAGUCAAUCAAGAUAUACAUAUGUAUUAUUUUAUCUUACAAUUAACAAUAAUGUAACAAUGUGUAAUACACUGUUAAAUUCAGCGGUGGAUGGUGAGCUUAAAAUUAGUGGGGCAGAAAAUACCCCUUAAACUGAUUAUUGGUCUUGAUCUGUUGUCAGCCAUUUCCCUUGAUUAUAAAUACAGCGAUUAAUUUACGAAACAUUCAAUACCAUCAGAUAUAGCCAGCUCUCCUCAAUUAGGCCAUUUAGCAAGUAAUAAAAUAUAUUUUUUUAUUUGUAUUGCAAAACUGUGCACAUUUUGUUAACCUUAUUUGUGGAUACAUAUAGACUCCUUCCUUCUUCACAUUCACACUAGGAGAAUAUUCAUGACAAAAAAAUCUUGAAUUGCAGGUUUUGUUAUUGCAGGUUAUGCUGAAAGCUAACGUGGGGGCUAACCGAGUGGUGUAUCUUAUUUCGUUAAGUGUGCAUAUAGUGAUUAAAAACUGAUUUUUCCUAAUUGAAUUUGUCAGUUAAUCUCCCUGACACAAUGUGAAAAAGCUGUGUGCUUCUUGUCAAUCGAUUAGUCACAUCGUUGGCACACUUCGAAGAAAUUUAAUGAAAUCACAUUGAGGCCAAUGACAAGUUUAAAGUUUUGGGCCCACCAAUUUUCAGCUCACCAACCACCGCUGGUUAUAUACUACCUACUUUUGCAGUUAAAGUGCAUUUAAAAAAGGUACCAAGACAACAUAAUGUAGUGGGACCUAAGUCACUCCUGUAAAUGUUAGCAGUUAUUACCGGAAAAUUAAAAGGAUUUAAAUGA